AUGUGCCGCGCUUCUUUGCCAAUCGAACGGAGCCUCCCAGACAUCCUAAAGCACUGCAACUUCCAACAGCUGAAGCAAAUCCAUGGCCUACUCCUCACCUCCUCGCUCUCCCAAGUCCCCACCCUCUCCUCCCUCUUUAUCCGCCGAGCCACAGAUCUUGGCCGUAUGGCCUACGCCGAGUUCGUCUUCUCCUCCGCCGGCGUCCUUCCCCACGUGCUUAUCUGGAACGCCAUGAUCCGAGGCUACGCCUACAAUGGCCCCCACGAGAACUGCCUCCAUUUGCUCGAGGAAAUGCCUCAGCGAGGCCUAAAGCCUAAUGAAUUCACCUACCCGUAUGUCUUAGAUGCAUGCACCCGCCUUGGUGAUUGUGAGUUUGGGAAGAAGGUGCAUUGCCGGGUUAUCAAGGCCGGUGUCGAUUUUGUCCCUUCGAUUGGUAGUUCGCUGUUGAAUUUUUAUAUGGAGAUGGAAAGAUCUCGCCUUUUGGUUGGAUCAUUAACCGACGGGCGGAAGGUUUUUGACGGUUUGGCGGACAAAACGAUUGGUCUGUGGAAUCGGAUGAUAUCGGAAUACGUUGGUUUCGGUGACAUCGAGUCUGCAAGGAGGCUCUUUGAGGAAAUGCCGGAGAGGGACGUGGUAUCAUGGAAUGCGAUGCUUUCAGGCUACGUGAGAGCCACGGAUGUAGAGAGGGCAAAAGACUUGUUCCAAAGGAUGCCAGUGAAGGACGUCGUGUCUUGGACAUCCAUGAUCAGAGGUUUAGCUGAUUCGGGCAAUUUUAGAGCAGCAAGGAGAUUGUUUGACGACAUGCCAGUGAGGAAUGUAGUAUCUUGGAAUUGCAUGCUUUCGAGCUACACCCGUCAUGGAAGAUUUCAGCAGGCAUUGGAUCUCUUCCGUCAGAUGCACGCAGAUGGAAUUGUUCCGGAUGGCUUUACAUUUGUUGCAGCUUUAUCAGCUUGUGCUCACCUCGGAGCUUUGGAGAUUGGGAAAUGGAUACAUUUCAACCUUAUAAAAGAUGGGCUUCAGUCUGGAGCUAUAGUGGGGACAGCUCUGGUAGAAAUGUAUGCCAAGUGUGGGGACAUUGAUAGAGCACUUAAAAUCUUCAUCAAGAUGGUCAAGAAGGAUGUGUUCUGUUGGAAUGUGAUGAUUAAAGCACUUGCAAUUCAUGGAAGGGUAGAGGAUGCUAUGAAACUCUUUGCACUAAUGAAAAGAGGAGGACUUUUGCUUAAUGACUACACAUUUAUGAGCGUGUUGUUUGCUUGUAGUCAUGGAGGGUUUGUCGAAGAGGGUCGCCAAAUCUUCGAUUCUAUGGAGCAAGACUUCAAGAUUCAGCCAAAAAUUGAACACUAUGGGUGUCUAGUUGAUCUUCUCUGCCGUAAUGCUCGAUUGGAAGAAGCGCAACAAGUGAUAAAAGAGAUGCCUUAUGAGCCUGAUGUUGCUGUGUGGGGAGCUCUGCUUGGUGGCUGUAGAACAAGGAAUGAUCUUAGAUUGGCGGAGAAGGCAAUGGAAAGAAUUGCAGAGUUGGAAACCAAUGAGGGCGGAGUUUAUGCACUUGUAUCAAAUAUGUAUGCUGCUUCCAGUGAAUGGAAUGAGGCACUGAAGGCAAGACACAAGAUGGAGCAGAGAGGAAUUUGGAAGUGCAAAGGGUAUAGCAGCAUUCUUGAGGCUGCUGAUGUGAGAUAG